AUGGAGAGUCAAAAAUCGAGCCAGCCAACCAAUGCUUUCAACAUCACUGGAGUUGUGAUAGCGGCACAAGAAGAAGCUCACACACAGAAGGAAACGAAAACUGGUGACAAGGUGAACCUGCCGACGAAUGACAUCACGAUGAUGCACGAGGCGAUACCAUUUCUUCCUGUCCCGGUCGCUUUGCUAUGUUUGUUCCUCAACGUGGUCAUUCCUGGCACAGGAACGAUUCUCGCUGGGAUAUCGGCUCUCUGUAUGGGCCAACCACGAGUCAACCUUAAGGAGGGACGAAAAUUGGUCACUUUGGUGGUUAACCUACUUGUUGGAGUAAGCCAGUUCUUCACAAUAACUUUUCUCUUCGUUGGUUGGUUCUGGUCGAUCGCUUGGGGAGGAUUGAUCAUUAUUCACUCAAUGCAGUAUCGCGACGCGCUGCAACAACGACGGCAGGAAGCCGUAGCUACUGCAGCGAUCGAAGCGCUUACCAAGGAUUCAAUCCUUCACCGCCGGGAUGUGAAAACACUCGUCAAAACACACAAACAGCAAGCUAAAGACAAAAAAGCAGCUGGUAAUUGA